AUGCCUCCGCAGGGAGCCAUGGGUGGGCCUCAGGGCAUGACCAAGGAGGCUGUCCAGCAGAUGUUUAUGAAAUAUCAGACGAUGAAGAAUAACGGGACUCCCGAGAACGAUCCAGACUUUAUAAAGACACGCACUUUCCUUCAGCGAUUACAGAGCCAGCAGGCAAUGCAGCGUAAACGCGCCGAGAUGAUGCAACAGAUGCAACAGCAGCAACACACCCAGCAGGGCUUUCCUGUCCAGCCACAGUCCCAAGUCUCGCAACCACAGCAGCUCAAUGGCUCUAGCCAUAUGCCCCCUUCUUCCAAUGGGACCAGCGCCCCUCCCACCGAAAGUAAAAUUCCACCGCCCGUCUCGACGUCUGUUCCUGCCUCGUCCCAGGCUCCAGGUCAGCAGUCGCCUGCCGCUGGUACUGAUGCCAAAUCUGGACCCGGAAGCACUAGCAGCACCGUCUUCAGCCAGGAGCAGCUCUUCACCCUUCGCAACCAGAUUGCUGCCUUCAAAAGACUCUCCAAGGGCUUGCCGCUGGCGCCCAACAUGCAGCAAGCCCUGUUUCCCUCCAAGAAAAUUGCUUCUUUACCAGAGGUGCACGCAGAGCAUUCCCGUUCCGAAACUGGAGAGUCCACCAGGUCGCCAGCUAAAGACGCGUCGGCCUCAGCAUCCCUGGAUCACAAACCCUACGAGACAUUCACCUCGCCUUGGGCGCUCCUUCCGCGAACAGUCAACUAUGCCGCUCAUUCCAGGCGGGAUAAGAGGCCGAUCAUUCCGAGCAUCAUGCCAACCGGAGUGGAUGUCGAUCGGAUACGGGAAGAACGGGAGAACAUAGUCUUUAAUCGUAUUCAGAACCGUCUCAGCGAGCUGGAGAAAUUGCCGGCCAAUAUCGGCGUGUGGGACACGAGCAAAAGCGACGCCCCCACUGAUCCUGGCUCUCUCAAACUCAAGACCCUUAUCGAGUACAAGAAGCUGCGCCUGUUAUCGAAACAGAAGGCGCUUCGUCAAUCUAUUGCACGCGAGAUGAUCGCUGCUGAUAAUUUGGCGAUGACUGCCAAUCGUGCAAACUACCGCCGCAUCAAGAAGCAGUCCCUCAGAGAGGCGCGUAUCACCGAGAAGCUCGAGAAGCAACAGCGCGAGGUCCGGGAGAACAAGGAAAGGAAGAAGCACACCGACUACUUGGACUCCGUCUUGCGCCAAAGUCAAGACGUUCACAAGGCCGGCCUUGACCAUCGGGCGCGGCUGCAGAAGCUGGGUCGCACAAUGCUGCAGACCCACCAGACUAUCGAGAAGGAAGAGCAGAAACGUGUGGAGCGCACUGCGAAACAGCGUCUGCAGGCCCUCAAAGCCAACGACGAGGAGACUUAUCUGAGACUGCUUGGUCAAGCCAAGGACACUCGUAUCUCCCAUCUGCUUAAGCAGACCGAUGGUUUCUUGAAAGAACUUGCCUCUUCCGUCAAGGCCCAGCAACGGAGCACCGCAAACCGCUACGGAGGUGCUGCCGCGGAUGAUAGCUCUUCGGAAGAAGAUGACGAUGAGGACGACGAAGACAAGGCCGCCAAGGUCGACUACUAUGAGGUUGCCCACAAGAUCAAGGAAGAUGUCGUCGCGCAAUCCACUAACCUCGUCGGUGGCACUCUGAAGGAGUAUCAACUCAAAGGUCUGCAAUGGAUGUUGUCUCUGUACAACAACAAUCUCAACGGUAUUCUUGCCGACGAGAUGGGUCUGGGAAAGACGAUCCAGACGAUUUCACUGAUAACGUACCUCAUCGAGAAGAAACAGCAGGCUGGGCCGUACCUGGUCGUUGUACCUCUAAGUACGCUCACCAAUUGGAACAACGAGUUUGAAAAGUGGGCUCCUAGCGUGACGCGCAUCGUCUACAAGGGUCCUCCCGCCCAGCGUAAAACGCAACAAGCUCAGAUUCGGUACGGCCAAUUCCAGGUCCUCCUGACGACUUACGAAUUCAUCAUCAAAGACCGGCCUGUGCUGAGUAAAAUCAAAUGGCUGCAUAUGAUUGUCGACGAAGGUCAUCGUAUGAAGAACGCGAACUCGAAAUUGAGCAGUACAAUCACGCAAUACUACGUGACAAAGUACCGCAUUAUCCUGACUGGUACACCGCUCCAGAACAAUCUUCCUGAACUUUGGGCGCUUCUUAACUUCGUCCUGCCCACCAUCUUCAAGUCGGUCAAGUCGUUUGACGAAUGGUUCAAUACCCCGUUUGCGAACACGGGUGGUCAGGAUAAGAUGGAGUUGACUGAAGAAGAGUCGUUGCUUGUGAUUCGUCGUCUGCAUAAGGUCCUCAGGCCAUUCUUGCUCCGUCGUCUGAAGAAGGAUGUCGAGAAGGAUCUUCCCGAUAAGCAAGAACGAGUCAUCAAGUGCAACAUGUCCUCCCUGCAGAAGAAGCUCUACACUCAACUUACGACCACCAACAAGCUUAUGGUCAGCGACGGCAAAGGUGGCAAGACGGGUAUGCGCGGUCUCAGCAACAUGUUGAUGCAGAUGCGAAAAGUGUGCAACCAUCCGUUCGUAUUCGAGGAGGUGGAGGACCAGGUCAACCCAACGAGAGGAACCAACGACUCUUUGUGGAGAACGGCUGGUAAAUUCGAGCUCCUGGACAGGGUUCUUCCCAAGUUUUACGCGACUGGUCACAGAGUCCUGAUGUUCUUCCAAAUGACACAGAUCAUGAACAUUAUGGAAGAUUUCCUGCGCCUCAGAGGCAUCAAGUAUCUCCGCUUGGACGGUUCGACAAAGUCGGAUGACCGUUCAGAAUUGCUACGCGUGUUCAACGCACCGGGCUCCGAGUACUUUAUCUUCCUGCUGUCUACCCGUGCCGGUGGUCUUGGCUUGAACUUGCAGACUGCUGACACCGUCAUCAUCUACGACUCGGACUGGAAUCCUCACCAGGAUUUGCAGGCCCAGGAUCGUGCUCACCGUAUCGGACAGAAGAAUGAGGUGCGCAUCUUGCGACUGAUUACGUCAAACUCGGUGGAAGAGAAGAUUCUCGAGAGAGCAAACUUCAAGCUCGACAUGGACGGCAAGGUCAUCCAAGCCGGUAAAUUCGACAACAAAUCGACGAACGAAGAGCGUGAUAGCAUGCUCAGGGUCAUGUUGGAGUCUGUCGAAGCGGCUGAGAAUAUGGAAGAAGACGAGCAGGACGAUGACGACCUGAACUUGAUCAUGAUGCGAUCUGACAAAGAGCUGGAGAUCUUCCAACAGAUGGACAGAGACCGAGCGGCAAAGGAUGAAUAUGGUCCAACCCAGAAAUAUCCGCGUCUGAUGAGCGAGGCCGAGUUACCGGAAAUCUAUCUCACUGAUGACGUGCCCGUUGUUGAAGAGAUUGAAGAGCCAAUCGGUCGUGGCGCUCGUGAACGUACACGCGUCAAGUAUGAUGAUGGUCUUACCGAAGAGCAAUGGCUGGAGGCUGUUGACAACGAUGAGGACUCGAUUGAAGCUGCCGUGGCCCGCAAGGAGGCGAGGAUGGCUCGGAAGCUGCAGAGACAAUCUGGGGUCGGGAAGGAUUCCCCGGCGCCUUCGCGUGAUUCGUCAGAGUCACCUCCUCCCAAGAAGCGAGGGCGCAACAAGAAGGCUGGUAAGCGAAAUGCGGAUGAUGCCUCUCUUGACGAUGGUGACGUCGUUGCUCCGCCCAAGAAGCGAGGCCGCGGUGCCGCGCAAGCAAAGAUCGUAGAGACACUGUCUCCAAAGGACCGCGACAACAUCCAGGACAUUCUCGAGAAAGUCUACGAGGCACUGAUCAAUCUCGAAGAGCAAGGCCAGCCCGGCGAUCUUCCGCGCGGCGUCAUCGACUUGUUCAUCGAGCUACCAGACCGUAACGACUACCCGGACUACUACCAGAUCAUCAAGAAGCCCAUCUGCAUGAACGACGUGCAGAAGAAGAUCAACAAGAAGCACUACCAGAGCUUGAAGGAGUUUGUCGCAGACAUCAAGACGCUCUGCAACAAUUGCCGGACGUACAACGAAGAGGGCAGCUGGCUGUACAACGACGCCAAUAACAUUGAGUCGACACUGUACCAGCGCUUGCGCGAGGAGACGGAGCAGUUCCCAGAGUUCCAGAACUACGAAGACGGAACGAGCGCUGAUGGGCAAAGCACGGCGCAGGCCUCGGGUGCCGCGACGCCGAUGACAUCUGGGCGUAAGUAG